UUCAUUAGUACAACUUCAAGCGCGAGCAUCGAACGUUUCCCGCACUAAAUCCAAUUCCCCCAACAUGAACAAGCUGCUUAUAUUGGCACUGUGCCUGGGUGUGGCUUCUGCAGAUUUCCAGGGAAGGUUCAAGCGAGAAGACUUCCACAGUCGCCACUAUUCUGCCUACCAGCAAGCCAUCGAGACCGCCCGCAAGAAUGCGGGCUAUGGAUCCAGCGGAUCGGCCAGUUUUGGGGCAGGCAUCGGAGGAGAUGCCUCUUUGGCGGGCGGCAGUCUGGGCAACCUGGAAAGCUCCUACGAUUCCGUGGGCGCCGUAGAUACCGCUGAAGGCGCCUCCGGCCAGGGCAGUGCCAGUGAGACUUUUGGAGCUGGCUCUAACUUUGGUCUCGACUCUGGUGCCAACUUUGCAGGCAGCACUUCUGCAGGUUUUGGUGCGCAGAAUGCUGCUUCGUUUGGCGCCCAGAGCGCGCAGCAGUUUGGCUCUUCGUUUGCCAGCAACGCCGCCUUCAAGACCAGCCACUCGUCCAACUUUGGAGCCUCUUCCGCCCAGAACGUGGGCAGCAAUGUGGAGUUUGCCGACAAUUCGAAUGCCGGCGCCGAGGUCAACUUUGGCGCCUCCAACACUUUGAACUCGGCGGCCCAGCUUGUCAAUGGAGGUCAGCAGACGGUCCAGACGGUCCAGGCCGCUCCCGUAAGGAACGGCGCUAACUACGAGUACGUUCGCAACGAGCAGAUUGUGUCGGCCCCCAGGCAGUUUGUCUACACCGCACCCUCCGGCGGCAGCGAGAAGUUUGUGCAGCAUGUGGAGCGCAUUGUCGAGCAGCAGGCCCCAGUGCAGAUCGUCCAGACGCCAACCAGCACCCAGCACUUCUACCAGCGCAAGGUCACCACCACCGCAUCGGCUCCCCAGAUUCAGGUGCAGCAGCAGCCCUCCAGCCGCCUAUCCUAUGGCUCGAACUUUGGCUCCAACACAGCCUUCAACUCAAACUUUGGCAGCUCCUUCGGUCAAUCGGCAGGCCUGAACGUCCACCAAGCCAGCAACUCGCAGCUGCAACAGCUAAUCAACCAGGCACACCAGACCGCCAGACAGCAGGCAGCAUCCAGCUCGGUGAGCAGUGGCUCCGGACUGUCCACGGCCGGGGGCUUCAACAGUGGCCUGACCAAUGCCAACCAAGUCGCGCAGACGCAGACGGGCAGCGGUUACGGCUCGAACGCUGGAUUCGGCUCGAACGCUGGAUUCGGCUCCAACACUGCAUUCAAUUCCGGCUUUGGUUUUAACUCUGCCAGCUCCUUGAACUCUGCCAGUUCCUUGAACUCUGCCAGCUCCUUGAACUCCGCCAGCGCCUUGAAUGCCGGAAGCAGCGGCUCCCUUCUGAGCGGAUCCCUUCUGAGCGGUUCUCUGCUGGGCGGCAGUCAGGGCUCCCUUCUCGGUGGUCAGAGCAACUUUGGUGUCUCCGGUGGUCUUGCCAGCGGGCAGCAACAGCAGCAAGCAUCGGGUGCUGGUAACUUUGGGGCUGGCGGUGCCGGUGCCGGUGGCUACCAGUCAAAGCAAUGGGAGAAGCAGUCCAAAUGGUCCUCCCAAUCUGAGUUCGACUCGGACGGUCACGUGAAGAACUACAAGGACCUGGCCACUGGCGAGAGUGAGAACCAAAACAUUAAUGGAAAGCAGAUUGGCUACAACGCGGCCACCGCUUCUGUGGAUGACAACGGCAGGGUCAGCACCUACAGUGUCCACUCCUAAGCAGUUUUUUCUUAGUCCAUAACCUAUCGCGUUCUGAGACAGACGGGUCCGAGGCGCCUCUAAUUAAUGAUUGUGUGAAUCUGUGGAUUUUUGUAACGAAUUGAUUAAAUGUCUGACAUUUA